AUGGCCAGAGGAGGUCCCAGUAUCCAAUCCUUCUUCCCUUCUCGGGCGCCACCUUCUAAAGGCCAACUUCGAGCCUUGUCACCAAACCCAGGCGACGGAUUCACCCAGGAAGAACUUGACACUUCUCUGACUCCCCUACAGCAAGACAAUUGGGUUCCGUCUGCAAACUAUGACGAGUUUGAUAUCGACUCUCUUGUCCCCGGACCAAGUCGAAUCAAGAUCAUGGGUCGAAUUGUGAAUUUGUUCGAAAGCUCGCCCAAGACAAAAUUGUCUGCCGGAGCAAAGGGAUCCCUCCACCUCGUAGUCAAGGACGAUACAGGUGUUGUCACUAUCAAAUUGUCCGACACCAUGCUUCUAUACGAGCCACAACUUGGUCAACUCGUUGCAAUCUGGGCCACUUAUAUCGCAAAUGGAGACAAGGGCUCCUUCCCUUGCGCAGUCGCGCCACUCUACAUCAAAAUCUUCCCCGAAAAAGACAAGAGUUCACACAUUCGGAUCUUGGACGUCGAUGAGUCCACUGAUCUCCUUUGCAGGAAGCCAAUCGAUCAUGAAUAUGGCCUGAUGUCACUCAAGAACUUCAUACAAGGUGGCUUUGAAGUGAAAGAUUCGAAGGUACUUGUUGUUGUGAAAAGUAUCAGUGCACGUAGGAAAAAAACAAAGAAGGAUGGAACCCAAGUGCAUCUCGUAGAGGUUGGUCUUAUGGAUGACACUGAUGGAGCAGUACUCUCACUCUGGGGUAUUGCUUCGACCAGUUCGAAUCAAUGGCGACCAUCGCAGACCGUAUUACUGAUCACAAGCCCCGGACUGAAUGUCUCGCACAAGAACUGGCUAGCACUGGCGUCCGAUACGUUCAUCGACGUCGAUCCGGAUAUUUCUGGAGCCACAACACUUCGAACGUUCGCUGGACGCAUGAUCAGAAGACAGAGUGUCAAUUCUGUCUUUCCUCACGAAGAGUACGAUGCAUGGGUUAUGACCAGACCCAAUGAGCAUGUCCUAUAUACGCUCGCAGACGUAGAUGAUCGCGCUCGCGAAAGACCAGGAGAUGAGUUUGAAGGCUAUCUGAGCAUGAUCAUCGUCGAGCUCAACAUGACCACGCUAAGGCAGCAGAACAUGCUUAUGUGCAAUGAAUGCUGCGGCAUCCCUUUGUACGCAAACUCGACCACUUUUAAGUGCAAGCAUUGUGAUAAGCAGGUGCCGCUCCGGAUCAACCCACGACUUAUCGGCAAGCUGGUUGACGAGAGUGGAUGUAUCGGUACUGGCAAACUCAUGCUGUCAGAUUACUCGUGGACACGACUUCUAGGAAGAACGGCCGAGGAUCUGAUUCACAGCAGUGCGAGUGAGCUGAAACACGUGGAACAUCGAAUGCUUCACGCUCGUAUCACGCUGCGAUUCUGGUGGAGUAGCAAGGUUGGUAAACUUGUCAUCUCGGAAGUCUUGGAGUGA